UCUGUCUAUCAUUCAUGGCCCCUACGCCGAUCCGUACUGCCUCGGACUACACGAGCACUCCCGUGUUCAAGAGGAACGCCCUUUACGUUGGCGAGGAUACCAUCGAUACCAGGUAUGUGGUCGUGAGUGGUGGCUCUGUCUCUGGCUUGGGCAAAGGGACGGCGAUCAGCAGUCUUGGAGUUGUACUCAAGAGCUACGGUUACCGUGUGACCGCUAUCAAGAUCGAUCCUUAUCUGAACGUUGAUGCCGGGACCAUGAGCCCCUACGAGCAUGGUGAAGUGUACGUCCUUGACGAUGGUGGAGAGGCCGAUCUAGAUCUUGGCAAUUAUGAACGCUUCCUUGACAUCACUCUUUCGUCCGCACACAAUAUCACUUCUGGAAAAGUCUACGAGAAAGUCAUCAAACGCGAGAGGACGGGAGACUACCUUGGAAAAACUGUUCAAAUGGUUCCCCAUGUUACUGAUGCCAUCCAAGACUGGAUCCUCCAGGUCGCGGCUCAGCCCACUACCAAGACCCCUGGUGCUCCUCAUAUCUGCCUCAUCGAGUUGGGUGGUACUGUUGGAGAUAUCGAGAGUGCGGUAUAUUUAGAAGCUCUUCAGCAGUUCCAGCAUCGCGCUGGCAUCGAGAAUGUGUGCAUGAUUCAUGUUGGACUCGUACCCGUGAUGGGUGUCGUUGGCGAACAGAAGACUAAGCCCUGCCAGCACUCUGUCAAACUUCUCCGGGAGGCCGGAAUCAAACCCGACUUCCUUUUCUGUCGCUCAGAGCAGCCCCUCCAUGAUGAGACUCGGGCUAAGCUUGCACUUUUUUGCCAGACUCCUGAGGACCAUGUGAUCAGUCUUCAUGACGUCGCCAAUGUCUAUAAGGUCCCGUUGAUGCUGGACGAGCAGAAUGUGGGCAAGCUGGUGUUGGAGCGCCUUCAUCUUGACGUUCAUGGUCCAGCCAAAGCCACUAAUCACAGCUUGCUCCCGUCCCCGGCUAUCAACACAACCACUGUAGAGUCAUGUGCUCCGGCCAACUUGACUGAUUGGAGAGCACUGGCUGAGAAGGCAGAGAAGAUCAGUGAAGAUGUGGUGAUAGGGGUCGUUGGGAAGUACACGGGUCUCCAGGAUUCGUAUCUCUCCGUUAUCAAGUCGCUUAAGCAUGCCUCAAUCGAUGCAGGCUCCCGUCUGGUUAUUGAGUGGAUAGAAGCCUCCGACUUGGAGCCUCACCAACGUACGCACGCCCCUGAGCGUUAUGACUCUGCAUGGAAGCGCCUGAAGGCAUGUGAUGGUAUCCUUUGCCCUGGUGGUUUUGGUGACCGCGGUAUUGAAGGCAAAGCCCUUUGCGCGAGAUACUGCCGUGAGACCAACACGCCUUACUUUGGUAUUUGUUUGGGCUUGCAAACUGCUGUAAUAUCUUACUGUCGUGAUGUACUUGGUUUUGAGGAUGCUAACUCGGCCGAGUUCGACCCUUCGGCCGAAACUCAAUGUUGCGUGUUCAUGCCUGAAGUCUCGACCGCAGUCAUGGGAGGUACUAUGAGGCUCGGGUCCCGUGUGACCAUUAUAAAGGACCCUGAUAGUCUGGCUUACAAGCUUUAUGGUGGCCAGCCUGUCGUCUAUGAGAGACACCGUCAUCGCUAUGAGGUUAAUCCCCAACUUGUCCCUCAACUCGAGGCUGCUGGUAUGCGUUUCGUCGGGAUAGACGAGCGCGGUCAAAGGAUGGAGAUUGCAGAGAUACCCUCUCUCGAUUUCUUCCUUUGCACGCAGUUCCAUCCCGAGUUCAAGUCCAGGCCGAUGCGCCCUAGUCCCCCCUUCCUUGGGUUCGUUCUCGCCGCAGCUGGGAAGCUGAGCUCGCGGUUGGAGGCCGACGGUGGCUUCUUGAAACCUGGAGCUGGGUGGCUAGCUCAUCACUGAGUAUUAUGAUUCUAAACUAUCGAGACCUUCGUGUUUCUACGUUAGCCUAUAUACCCCCAUUAUGUAAAUGUUUCCGUGUUGGGAAGUUUCCCGAGGGUGGUGGUUUC